ACGUGCAAGCUCGUCCAGCACGAGUACCGCUUCGACAAGUGGCUGUCGGCCGACGAGGAGAACAAGUACAAGUACGUGCUCGACGUCGACGCCAACUACGCCAGCGGCAAGUUCAAGCGUCUCAUGAGCUCGCGUUCGAUCGUCCUCAAGUCGACCAUCUUCCCCGAAUGGUGGUCCAAGCGCAUCAUGCCGUGGUACCACUACAUCCCGAUCCAGUCGGACUACAGCGACCUGCCCGACGUCGCCGCCUUCUUCAUCGGCGCGCCCGACGGCACUGGGUCGCACGACGCGCUCGCCAAGCGCAUCGCCCAGCAGGGCAAAAAGUGGUCCGAGGAGCACUAUCGCGAGGUCGACCUGGCCGCAUACGCCUUCCGCCUGCGUGCGUCGACCAGUCCUCGUCCUCGUCGUCGUCCUUCCCUCACUGACCCUCUCUCCCUUGGGCCUCUCUCCUCUCCUGUCUCUCGCAGUCCUCGAAUACGCGCGCCUCCUUCAUCGCGACGACGACGACUUGCAGUCGAUGGACUACAAAGCAUAGACGAGCCGGCUCGCUGGACGAGUUCGGCGACGAGGACGAUCGAGGAGGAGGGCAGCAUCUCGCAGCAUUUUUCGGUACCCGGACCUGCUCCUGCAUCUGUAUUGUCACUCGCACAUGCACAUUCGCAGACGACUCGUUACAGCUCGUGCUACGGCCCGGCUCGUCAACGAGAGACCUUGAGCUUCUUCUCCCUCCACCCGUGCAGCUCGACGCCCUCGCGCACCAUCUUCUCCUUGCCCCACGCCUCCCACUGCGCAAAGUCGUGCGCGAGGACGACCAUGACGUCGUCGCGGUCGUUGGCCGCCUUGACGCGCUCGAGCGUGUGCUCGGCGAGCGGGUAG